AUGGAAGCCUUGUGUUUAAGAGUUUUCUUGCUGCUGCUGGUUCCAGGAUUUGUCCUCAGUGACAGCUCUGACAGAUAUGCUGCCAAUCGGAGUGACUUGGGACACCACCUUUCCACUUUCUCAGUGAUUGAAUCCAGCAUACUCCUCACCACCAGACAGCCCCUGGUGUCCAACCAAACUGUCAAAUGCUCCCAGCAGACGAAGAUUGCUGAAACUUUUAAAUACAUAAACACGGUGGUAUCUUGUGCUAUUUUCAUCGUUGGAAUGGUUGGGAAUGCAACUCUGCUGAGGAUCAUUUACCAGAACAAGUGUAUGAGGAAUGGCCCGAAUGCACUGAUAGCAAGUCUGGCUCUAGGAGACCUUAUCUAUAUUGUCAUUGAUAUUCCUAUCAUUGUGUACAAGCUCCUUGCUCAGAAGUGGCCCUUUGGAGAUUCUGAAUUUGGACAGUUUCUUUGCAAAUUCCUGCCCUUUAUACAGAAGGCAUCGGUGGGAAUCACAGUCCUUAACCUCUGUGCCCUUAGUGUGGACAG